GCUUAAACUGUAGUUAUACAAACCAAUGAACCAGCAAAAAAAAUAAAAAUAAAAAGGAAACCUAAUUAGGAUUUGGGGCCAACUGAUUAAUUGUGGGAGUAACCAAGAAAAAUGUGAAAGAGUUGGAGUGGAUUCGAUUUAGACAGAGAUCUACACCUGAAGACUCAGACAAGACAGAACCAGAGCUGUACAAGAUUCUUUAUUAAUGGCAGAAUCCUUUGACACAGCCCUCACUGAGCAAUGACGUGUUUUGCUGAUAUAUCAUAAGAAAGCAACAAUGGAGCAUUCUUCAGCUACGAAAUUUCCAGUUAAUCCUGAAGAUUACAAGUUGCAUGAAGAAGUGGGUCAAGGUGUUAGUGCCACUGUGUACAGAGCUCUAUGUAUCCCAUUCAAUGAGAUUGUUGCUAUCAAAAUUUUGGAUUUGGAAAAGUGCAACAGUGACUUGGAUGUCAUUCGUCGCGAAUCCCAAACUAUGAGCUUGCUUGAUCAUCCGAAUCUACUGAAGGCACACUGCUCUUUCACAGCUGGCGCAAGUCUUUGGAUUGUGACGCCAUACAUGGCCAGUGGAUCAUGUGUUCACAUAAUGAAAUCUGUUCAACCAAAUGGUUUUGAUCAGCCUAUUAUCGCCACAUUGUUGCUUGGAGUUCUGAAAGCUCUUGUCUAUUUACAUUCCCAUGGACUCAUUCAUAGAGAUGUUAAGGCUGGAAAUAUAUUGAUUGAUGCAAAAGGCUCAGUUAAAUUAGCAGACUUUGGUGUUUCAGCAAGUUUGUUUGAUAAUGGUGAUAGACGGCAUUCAAGAAAUACUUUUGUUGGAACUCCAUGCUGGAUGGCUCCUGAAGUUAUGCAGCAAUUGAAUGGAUAUGACUUUAAAGCAGACAUUUGGUCAUUCGGAAUAACAGCUCUUGAACUUGCUCAUGGUCGUGCUCCACUGUCCAACUAUCCACCAAUGAAGGUUUUACUGAUGACCCUACAAAAUGGACCACCUGGUCUUGAUUAUGAAAGGGACAAGAAGUUUUCAAGUUCCUUUAGAGAGUUGGUAACUGCGUGCUUAUUAAAGGAUCCAAAGAGGCGUCCAACAUCAGAGAAGCUUUUAAAUUAUCGUUUCUUCAAACAUGCACGUUCAAGAGAGUAUGUAGUUCAGGCCAUUCUCGAUGGCCUUCCUCCGCUUGGUGAUCGUUUUAGGCUGGUGAAGGAAAAUGAGGCUGCUCUUCUUGCACAAAAAAAGGCUAUGGUGGCAGAUGAGCAGCAAGAGUAUAUACGGGCAAUCAGUGCAUGGAAUUUUGAUUUAAAUGAUAUGAAAAAACAGGCCGCUCUUCUUGAGGAUGAUGAUUUUAUUUCCGGUACCGAAAAUCAAGAAUGUAUAAGCAAACAGAAGGCUGAAUAUGAUAAAUUAGUAGUUCAAGAAGAGGCAAAGCUAGAGGAAACUUCAAACCAUUUCAAUUCUGAAAAAUCUGGGCAAUUCAUUAAGGAUGAGCGCAAUGAUCUCAGGAAUCUUGAUGGUUCACCAGCUUCAUCUCCUAAGCUAUCCUUUCAGGCAAACACAGGUCGCUUGACACAUCAUCUUGAGAAAGAUUACAGAGAGAAUGCCUCAGAUAAAGUGGCCUUCCCACGCAAGGGGCAGUUUGCUGAAAACCUAGGUUCCAGUCCUAAGGACAUUAAUUCGAAUAGAUUUGUCAGCACAUGUUCUGAGCAACCUCUAUGUUCUACAUCAAAUACAUCUGCUUCAAUUCUUCCCUCUCUACAACACCUCCUGCAGCAGAAUGCAUUACAAAGAGAACUAAUAAUAAGAUCUAUUAACUUUGUACAACAACAAAUUGCGGUGAAAGGUAGAUGCAGAGAGUUGGUGGAACCAGUAGGCAACAAUGAGCUCAAUCAGAGGUUUGUUACUAAUAGCAGUAGAGAAAGAGUCCUUGAAUCUCAAGUGAUGUUACUGGAACAAAACAAUGAGAAGCUUGUUAAAGAGUUGCAGAAGCAAAAAAUGGAGAGCCUCAAGCUGGAGAGGCAAUUAAAGACUUUUGACAAGUAGGAGCUGCAGAUAUCGGCUUUAAUAUUUCUUUUUCACUGGGAUAAAAAGGUAUUACGUAGACCUGCAUAUAUUAACAAUUCACUUUUUUGCUUGUGCCAUACGUAAAUGUGUAGUUCUUGUUAUUUGUUUCUUGUAAAUAACAUUUUGUAUCCACAUACAUUAUUUAUUCUCUCUAAAAGUUUUUUGCGGGAUACAAAUCCUUUUGUUUA